AUACUCUUCCAGACAAGUUUUGAUUCCUUGCACAUUGAUCCAUCUGAAGGGGGACAUUCUCCUGGCAAGCCUUCACAUCGUCGUUACCACAGUUCAGGCUCCUUUAAAUUCUUACCUCAAGCUGAUAUUCCAGAAUCACCUCCAAGGGGUGUGGUACCCACUCGUAAGGCAGAAGCCAGCAGGCGGAUGGCAGGGAACACUAGUUUGGGUGAGAAUUAUGCCUUUGCUGGGAUGUAUCACAUCUUUGAUCAGCAUGCAGAAAGUGUCACAGCAAUCAAAUUUGCCAAUGAUGACAAGUUUCGCUUGGGGUGUAGUUCUGCUGAUGGGACACUGUCUGUCUGUGUUCUUGUUCCAUCCCCUCCAUCAGUUACUUGUACACUGAGAGGACACACAGCAGCCGUAACAGACUUUGACUGGUCAAUUACCAAUGACUUUAUACUCUCUGCAUCUUUGGAUGGUACAGCAAGGGUGUGGAAUCCUGCAUCUGGGCAGUGUCUGCGAGUGGUGAAUGACAGUCAUUCCUGUGGUUUGACAGCUUGCAGAUUUCAACCUGUGAAUAACAACAUGUUGCUUACUGGAAAUCAGAAGGGUCACCUCAGUGUUUUUAACAUGUCCACUGGCAAAGGUUUUAAGGGUGGCAGUGCUAAAGUUUCAGCUGGGGUUAAGUCUGUUGAGUUUGACUCAUCUGGUAUUCUUGUGUGGGUGGGCGAUGAAAAGGGAAGCAUACACGCAUUCUGUUUUGAUGUGGCCUCUGGGCGGCUUCAUAAAGCCAAGCGAAUGUCUAUAGCAGAGGGUAGUCCUGUGACUUCAAUCUCAUAUCGCAGCUGGAUGAAUCGUGAGGCUAGGGACCCUGUGCUACUUGUCAAUGUGGCCAUAAAUUUACUUUGCCUCUAUGGAGUUGUAGACGAUAUGGGUGGGCUAAAAUUAAAAAAGUCAUUUGCCGUUGAACACAAGUCUCGUCAUGUAAGAAGUUCAUUUUGUCCCCUGAUGUCGUUCAGACAAGGCGCUUGUGUCGUAAGUGCUAGUGAAGACAUGGCCGUCUAUUUCUUCGAUGUGGAGCGCGCCGAGAAGCCUUGUGUGAAUAAACUGUUAGGCCACUCGGCACCAGUCCUCGACGUUUGUUGGAACUAUGACGAGAGUCUGCUGGCAUCCUGUGAUACUGAGGGAACUGUGAUAGUGUGGAAGCGAGAACAGCGGGAAAAGCACGUCCCGUGAAGCGCUAAUGGAAAAUGCUGGUGGUAAAAAACUAGGAAUACUUAUCAUAAUGAAAUGUAUAAUUAUCGAUAUCAGUGUAAGAUAGGAAAGCAUCUACAUGUAUUUGUUUUAGGAUAGUAUGUUGUAAUGAUAAACUGAAGACAACGGAUUCCGCUACGUUAAUUUGUCAGGCAACGUUGUUUAUAAUCGGUUUAGCAUUAAAAUAUUAAAAGACUUUUUUCAUA